GUGCAAUUAUCGAUAGAAAGCAAAACAGACGACACGUUGCAACCGGAGCCGUAGAAAAUGAGCAAAGAAGAAAACAUAAAGGCAGGCGCUGGAAACUUCAGAUAUUUGGUUGAGUGCGAGAGAGAAAAACAAAAAGGCAAAACCGAACAAAAAGUUUUCAUUUCUCAAAUUUUAGUUUGCGGAGUAGUAAUACUUAGUUUGCGGAGAUUUUUUUUUUUUUAAUUUGAUUGAGAUAUCGCGUUUGCUCUUUCUUCAUUCUCCGCCAAAUCCGGAGUUUUCUCCCCUGUGAGUUUGAUUCCAGAAGAAAAACGGAAUAGCCCACAUCCUUGCGGCGUAGUUCACUUCUUUUCACUUUUGCGGGUUUCGGUUUUGAUGUUUUGCUAAGUAGCAGAUUUCUUUCGUGUUUCCACGUCUUCUAUGGAUAAGAUGUCAGAGGGGAUGCAAUUUUAUGAUGACACACGAGAUAGAAGAUCAGACGUUGACAAUACAGAAGAUGAGAGGCGAAGAUCUGGAAUUGGAGCUUUGAAGAAAAAGGCAAUAAGUGCUUCCAGCAAGUUUACCCGUUCACUCAAAAAGAGAGGAAAACACAAAAUAGAUUACAGGGUUCCUUCAGUAUCUAUAGAGGAUGUGCGUGAUGUAAAAGAAGAGAGUGCUGUUGAUGAAUUGCAUCAAAUUCUUAUUGACCGUAAUCUACUACCAGCCAAACACGAUGUUGAGAUUCCUGAAAGCUAGAGAUUUCAGCAUUGAGCAAACCAUCCACAUGUGGGAAGCGAUGCUUAAAUGGAGGGAGGAGUAUGGAACAGACACGAUAUUGGAGGUGGUACAUAUGUCCUUGGAAAGACUUUAACUUCAAGGAGCUGGAAGAAGUAUUGCAAUACUACCCUCAGGGGUAUCAUGGUGUUGAUAGGGAGGGUAGACCUAUAUAUAUUGAAAGGCUUGGACAAGCUCACCCAAGCAAACUAGUGCAGAUAACUACAAUAGAAAGGUACUUGAAAUAUCAUGUCCAAGAGUUUGAGAAAGCCAUACUUGAAAAGUUCCCGGCCUGUUCUAUUUCAGCAAUGAAAAGGAUCUGCUCAACAACUUCUAUAUUGGAUGUGCAAGGCCUGGGAAUGAAGAACUUCACAAAGACAGCUGCUAGCCUUUUGGCUGCUGUUACAAAAAUUGACAACAGCUAUUAUCCUGAGACCCUGCAUCAGAUGUUUAUUGUUAAUGCGGGGACUGGCUUCAAAAAGAUGUUAUGGCCUGCUGCACAGAAGUUUCUGGAUGCAAAGACCAUUGGUAAAAUCCAGGUUCUCGAACCUAAAAGUUUGGGCAAAUUGCUUGAAGUGAUUGACCCAGGUCAAUUGCCUGACUUCUUGGGUGGGUCUUGUAACUGUCACACUGAGGGAGGCUGUUUAAGGUCUAACAAGGGUCCUUGGAGUGAUCCAGAUAUAAUUAAGCUUGUGAAAAAUGAAGAGGUAGCAUUGGUGAGACCAAUUACUAUGGCAUCUAGCAAUCCACGUGUUCUGGGUGAACAACCUAGCAACUUACAUUCAAGGCUCACCCCUGUUUUUGAAGAAGCAAGGUCAUCAAAUUCAACUCUUCAUUAUAGUCUUGAUGAAAUGAGUCGAAGUGACAGAGAAGUUGGUAGUGAACAAGGCCUACCUAGGUUGCCUUAUUGUGAAUCUCACUCAUCUGAAAGGGGUGUUAUGCAUUCUUUUUCCAAAGGAGCAUCAACAUUUCAAGAGUCCAGCAAAGAGAGGCUUGUAAGGAGAUGUUUCAUCCAUCUGACAAGAACAGUGAUAUCUUUGGCACUCAAACUGUUUGCAAUUAUCAGGACUCUUCCUUUUGAGGCCUGGAGAAGACAGACUGGCAUAUAUCCUUCCAUUGCAUUGGAAGAGAAUCAUGAUGGUUAUUCACCUAGCAGCCAUAACAAUGCUAAUAGUGAAGAAGACCAGCCCCAUCCGUGUAUUCAACGCCUUCAGAGGCUUGAACAAUUAAUCGAAGAGCUACGUAAGAAGCCUCCUGAGAUGCCAUUGGAGAAGGAGCAUAUGUUGAACCAAUCCUUAGACAGGAUCAAGUCUGUAGAAUGUGAUCUAGAAAAGACAAAGAGAGUGCUGCAUAGCACGUCAAUGAAGCAGGUUGAAAUUACAGAGUUGCUGGAGAAUAUACGAGAAUCCCGAAUUCAACGGACAAGGUUCUUAUGUUGAUUUUUUCCGGGGAUUAGACUUUUGAGGAUCUUAUCUAACAGAUAAUGGACGUGCAUUACCAUUAACCCUGUGGGGAUGUGAUGGUUUGAUAGAUACAUGUGCUUUUUAAAACUUCAACAACAAUAAUUAAAUUACUGGCCACCCUUAGAGUUAGAAGGCUGGUUGGCUCAUAUCCACAUUUGACCUGUAAUUGUAAUUCGCUCACAUACCCUAUGCUCACCCUAAUAAAAGUAGCCUCUCCAUGAACAGAUUUUCUACAGCUCGAGCAAUGUGUAAUUUCUACUUCUCUCUAAUAUUUGAGUAAAUAAAAAGACAAGGCGA